CCAAAACUCCAUCAAUAAAUCAUAGAAAGAACAUGAGUUUCCCAAUUACAAAAUGUGUACGGCCAUGCAAUCAACCAUCCAUUCCCUCACUACAAAAUGUAGGCACCACCACUAAUCCCACCACUACCAUCACCUUCAAACCCCAACCCCCAAAUAAAAUAUCAUCGUCGCCGUCGCUGCCCAAGCUGAGCCACAGCUGGGAGUACUACCAAGGCGUCGACAACUGGAAGGGCCUCCUCGACCCGCUCAACGACACCCUACGCCUCGAGAUCAUACGGUACGGAAACUUCGUCGAGGCCGCCUACUGCUCAUGCAACUUCCACUCCACCCCCUACGCCUCCUGUCGCUUCCCCAAAUCAAAAAUCCUGUCCCAGUCUGGCUUUCCCGCCACUGGCUACCGCGUCACAAAGAAUCUCACCGCCACGUCAGGCAUCCACCUGCCAGGCUGGGCCCCCACCUGGAUGACCACCCGGUCCAGCUGGAUCGGCUACAUCGCCGUCUGCCACGACCGCCGCGAGAUCGCCCGCCUAGGCCGCCGCGACGUCGUCAUCGCCCUCCGCGGCACCGCCACCGGCCUUGAAUGGCUGGAAAACAUGAGAGCCACUCUAACGCCGUUAACUAACGGCGGCGGCGACAACGAGGCGAUGGUGGAAAGCGGCUUCCUGAGCCUGUACACGUCAGCAUCCGGCAACAAACCCAGCCUGCAAACCCUAGUGAGAGAGGGGAUUUCAAAAAUCAUUCAGAAAUACGGCCGCGAGCGCCUCAGCCUCACCAUCACCGGCCACUCCCUCGGCGCCGCGCUGGCCACGCUGGCGGCCUACGACGUCAAGGAGACGUUCGCGGACGCGGCGCCGAUGGUGACGGUGAUGUCAUUCGCGGGGCCGCGCGUGGGGAACUGGAGCUUCCGGUGCCGCCUCGAGGAGCAGGGGACGAAGGUGCUGCGGAUCGUCAACUCCGACGAUGUGAUCACGAAGGUGCCCGGAUUCGUGGCCGACGGCGACGAGUUGUCGGCCGGGUGGGUGCGGUGGGUGUACGCGGACGUCGGGUGCGAGCUGCGGCUGAGCAGCCGCGACGCGCCAGGGCUCAACGGGAUCAACAUCGCCGCCUGCCACGAGCUCAAGACGUACCUGCGUCUCGUCGCCAACUGCCCCUUCCGCGCCACCGCUAGAAAAAUGAUGAACAAAACCUUUGCUCAAUAAUUUAAAUACUAACAUGAAGUUUCGUCAGAUUAUG